AUGGCGGACAUUCGGAAUGUUGUUGUCCUGGGGGCAACAGGAAAUGUCGGCCGUCACAUUGUCGACGCCCUCCUGAACGACCAGUCGAGGUCAUUCCACGUGCGCAUCGCCCGUCGCUCAUCCUCAGACUCCUCCUCCUCCUCAUCGACAUUGUCCAACGGCGCAGAAAUCUUCGACGUCGACUACAACUCAGUAGAGUCACUGAAAAAGCUCUUCGCAAACCAGCACGCCAUCAUCGAAGCCUUCAACCCCAGCGCGGCCAUCUACCAAGCCAACAUCGUGCAGGCGGCCCUCGAAACCGAGAGCGUGCGACACAUCAUCACGCCGGAUUUCAGCAGCGACACCUUCAACGCGCACUGCGGGGAACUGAUGAUUUUCGAGCCGAAGAUCAAAGCCCAGGCCGUGCUGGAGGAGGCGUGCAGGAAGAGGCCUGAUCUGCACUGGACGGCUAUUAUCACGGGGCCGUUUUUUGAUUGGGCUAUCCCCAGAGGAAUCUUCUGGGUAAACCCUCAAACCAGAAAAGUCACCAUCUUCGGCUCCGGCAACCAGCGCGUCAGCAUGUCCGCCAUCGACAUCGUCGGACGAGCCGCUGUGACCGUGCUGAAGAACCCCAACGCCUUCCAGGACCGUCCGGCCUACUUUGCCGAUUACACCGUUAGUUCGAACGAGUUGCUGAAGCUUCUGAACGAGAUCGACCAGGAGAACGACCAACAAAAUCAACAACCAUGGAAAGCAGAUACCAUCCCCUUGGACAACUUCUUCGAUCAGGCGAAACAGCUCUGGGCGCAGGAUACGGCUAGGGGUGUCCAGGACCGCCUGAACACGCGGGCGUACCAGAUGCUGGGCACUUAUGGCUUGUUCGAUGAGGGUAAUCGUUACGGAGCGGAUUUUGGUGAUCGCGUUGAGUCUGGUUUUGGGGUGACGAGGGAUGAGUUUCGGGAGAUGUUGCGCAGGGCUAUUACUAGUCAGUGA